GUGUCUUUUUCAUUCAUGGAUUUAAAUUCAGUGGCCAAUGAGGAAACUUUCCGGAAAAUAGGAGCGCAGUUGGCUGCAAUCGGUGAUAAACUGGCUAAUGAGAUUGACGACUCAUUGGUGAACAAUCUGGCACAACAAUUCAUAAUGGGAAAUGUGUCCAGUCAGCAUCUGUCUGACACCGUGAGGAAUGCCAUGGCAAGGAUGCCUCCGGAAAUGGGACAGGAAAAAGCCAUGUUAAUGGCCACAAUGAUUUUGGCCAAGAAAGUAGCCAACGUAGUCCCUAUGUUGUUGCAGCAGGUGUUCAACACAACAGUGAAUUAUAUCAACGAGAACCUCCACGAUUAUGUGAACAAUUUGGGACCUGAGAACUGAACAAAAGGGAUGCACAUCUGCAUGCAUGAACUAAUUUUUUUAAAAAAGUUUUUAAAGAUUAAGAAAAAUUGUGUCAUUUUGGAAUUUUUGAACUUUUCAAAUUUUUGAACUUUUUUAUCAACAGUAAUUUACUUCAUUAUUCUACAUAGUUGACUGAAAUAUGAAUUGGCAACUCUCCUUUUCUACUUGAAAUCUUAGGCCAUUUUUUAUGUCCCUUGUAGGAGAAAAGCAAAGUGGUUUAUUAUUCUCAGGAUUGUGGUGUUAUGACAUCUCUCUUUGAAAAGAGGACUAGAAACUAGUCUGUUCUGCCACUUGCUAUUUAAGUGAAUUGUUGAUGGAAUAUGCUUGAUUUAUAGUUAGAGUUGUGAAUUUUUUUUAAAAAGAAUGCAUGUUAUUCUGUUCCAUUUAUCUGCCAUCUAAAAAUUGCCAUAAUAUAAAGUCUUAAAAAAUUAAAAUGUGUAUUGUUUUUCAUAUUUAAUAGACAAUCAGCAUUAAUGCAUGAGCCAGGAACAAUUGGUGUUCUCAACUGAGACUGAUUAUCUUUACCAUGGGUUUUGUGGACAUUUAGGAAAGGAAAUUGCCUAUUUUGAAACGACACCAAUACAGUAAAGGUCAAUUAUAAUAUUUGUAAUUCUUUCUGCUUUGGGUUUGGGCCAUUGCUGGAAUACAGAUUUUAAUGGGGAAAAAGUAAGUGAUAGCCAUUGUACAAUUUUUAAAGAUUUGAUGAAGGUCUCUGUAUUUAAGUUAGGUAUGAAGUUGGAAGUCAAAUUGUUUAUAAAAAUAUUACAUUUUAUCAACUGA